AUGCCAGGACCGGCUACAAAGGCCGAACCGAAGAUGCAGAUGGCUGCCACUGCAGUGCGUCAUACCGUCGUCAGCACACGGAACCAACUCGACUCACCCUUCCUACGUCUACCCAGCGAGAUUCGAAAUCAAAUCUACUACUUCGCGCUGGGCGACCACGAAAUCUACCUCAUGCCCAGCGGUAACGGACAAAGAAUGCUGCGUGGACGGCCCAACCACCAGCAAGCCUGGAAUCUCAAGCCCAUGACGCAAAUCUUAGCCAUGAACCUGCCGCUCGCCUGUAGUCAGAUCCGACGUGAGCUCGGACAAUACUUCCCUUUUACCUUCAAUUCCUUCGGCGCAACGACGUCUCCGGGUGUCUCACUGAUGCUGGAACCUUUGACAAUCGGUCAAAGGGAUAAGAUUGAAGUCAUCACUACAAACUAUACCCAUGCUUCCCGGAAAACGUGGCAGUAUGAUUACGUUACGCUUUCCACGUUGCCAAGUUUGAAGCUGUUGGUGUUGAGAGAUCUCGGUACUAUGGAUGAUGAAGAGAAAGAUAGAACGUUUGAGGAUUUUCAGAAUGGGAUUAAGAAUAGAACGGUGAAGAUUGAGAUAUUGGAUAUUUGCUGA